CACAACAUCUCCGGUCUGCGGUUUAGAAACUUUUAGAAAGUGUUUCUGUGACCUUGAUCAUGCUUCGAAGUACGUCGAGGCGACACUAGUACUCCGAUAUUUUGAACCAAAAUGUCUCUGGAAAGUUCGACCAGUGUUACUUCUCAAAGAUCGGGAAUGUAUAUAACAUACACUGCGGCGCUCAGUCUCCUUUACCAUUUUGUCCCCAGCUGCCCGCAGUUCCGAUAAUUUUCCAGCUCGAGUCGAUAAUAUCAGAACCAGUCUCAGGCAACGACUUCCCUAGCACCUCAUAGCGCGCAUUCAACGGUAAUCAGGCUAUGCCUCUGGCCACAUCUCGCCCUUCCACUAUGACCAAUGCUGGUGCAUUGCAUCGUUCUCCCCGUCUGGCAGCGCAACAUCGUCAUCGUCCAUAUGUGAUACCUGGGAGGGAACGUUUGCCCCAGAAUGGACUUAGACCACCCCAGCAACUUGAGCCGCAGUCAGCCCGAUCCACUACAAGUAUUGGGACGAAUCCAGGAGUCGACGCUCAUUCGACGGCAGGUCGGCGAAGCGCAGAUCCUGUGGUCCCGGAUGAGCGACUGGGUAUGCCCAAGAAGCCCACCAUCCAGUCAGGACCCACUCUACCGCCAACUGAGGAGCAGCUCGCACACGCAGUAGACCUGAUCCAGAAUCUGAAACGAAUUUACUCAGCAAAACCGCCGACGAUGCCACCCCACGCAUUGUCAGCCGACGAGCGAAUGGAGUACGACAAGCUACUGGAGCAGCUUCACAAGAUGACCGAGGACCUUGAUGUCAAGCUACCAAUGUACUGGAUUGUUUUGAGAUCGGAUAAUAUGAUCCGCAAUCUUGUCGCAAUCGUCUCGUUGGUGGCACAUCAAAGGGCCAGUUAUUCGACAAGGUCGAACCUGGUCAUAAUUGAUCCCUCCGCUCUAAAGAGCAUGCAUAGCUUACUACGAAGUGCUAUCGAACGUUUUAGGCAUCAGACGAUGGAAGCCGCCGUUGCACCGCAACAAAUGGGAGGUGGACUUGCUGGACCUGUCAUAAAUAGACAAUCCCCCCCACCUACCGCUCCCAAUGACAUUCCCUCUACUCAACAUAUCCCUCCAAUUAUCAUCCCAGACUUGACUGGGCUCAUCACCCGAUGCGACCAAGAUCCCGUUUCUGGCGGUACAUACGGAAAUAUUUACAAAUGUAUGUACCACGGGCCGGACGGCGACAUACAGGUCGCCGUCAAAGCAAUGCGACCGCAAAUUUUCAAUACUGAGAUGGUGGUAUUCGUAUUACGGAGAGAACUCGGGAUUUGGAAGAGGUUGCAACACUCUAAUAUCUUGAAGUUCAUGGGUACUACUGGGGAGUUCGGCCCCUCUGUGGCUUUGGUUGCUCCGUGGAUAGUCAAUGACACUCUGACGUCGUUCCUCAACGACAACAAGACGCUCACACUGCGUGAUCGUCUGCUUCUGCUCCAUGGCGUAGCCGCUGGCCUCGACUAUCUUCAUACGUUUAGUUUCACUGUAGACGGAUAUACAUACUCCAAUCCAGUUGUCCACGGAGAUCUCACUGGUAACAAUGUCCUGAUCGGUAGCGAUCGAACUGCAUAUCUUGCUGAUUUUGGCCUUUCGGGAACUUUAACCAAAUUGCCCGGCAUGACGUACCUGAUGAAAAUGAGUCGUCAUCCAGGAGCACUAAGAUGGGCAGCUCCUGAACUUCUUUCCCUGGAAGAAUCAGGCACUGCAAUCACCACUCAGAGCGAUAUUUACUCCUUCGGUAGCAUCACGCUCCAAGUCCUGACUGGAAACGUCCCUUGGCCCCACUUGAACUGUGAAGCUGCAAUCAUGGGUAAAUUGAUUUUUGAGGGGCAAACACAUCCUCGUCCAGAUCGUGUCACCGACGAGCAAUGGGAUUUUAUGACCCGUUGCUGGUGUAAGACACCCACCGACCGGCCUUCUGCCCGGGAAGCCCUUCAAUUUGUUGAAAGCGAGCUCGCUAGGUACGAUUGAGUCUGAUAUAAUUUAUUAUUUUAUAUGCCCGUCACCGUAGCGGCCACAGGACAAAUGUGUAAUGAUAUGUAUUACUUACUUACAUGUAGCCUGAUCUGUUGAUGGGCGCCUUGAGCGCUGAGGUCCCCUAAUCAUACCGGUCGUGCACUC